AUGACUCAAUCCACGACCUCCCAUCGUCGCUCUCCUUCCUCUCCUCAUAAUCCCAAGUCCAAGCCUGCUGUCCGUCCCGGUCUCCAUCGUCGCGGAGCCUCUGCUAUCAGCCUGUCCAUUUCCAAGCUGGGCUCGGGCCAUUCCACCCGAUCGCAUUCGAGGGGAGUCAAGGUCGACGACGACUGGGAUAUGGCUGCCAGUUUUUUGAACUUUUGCGCCAUGUGUGAGCGUCAAAUUACUGUCCCCAACAACUCUCUUCUCUACUGCAGUGAAAGCUGCCGCCGCAAAGACUCUGCAAAGCCUCUCUCCGCCUCUCUCCCAUCAACCUCCACCAUGUCCAGCAAAAUGAUCAACACCACCCACACCUACACCUACUCAUCAACCUACAACACCUCCCCCUCCCCACCAACCUCUCCCCCCCCUCUCCCCGCGCACCAUCGUCGCGCCAAUGAUCCCAACCCGCAUCUCCUCAUCUACCCCCACCACCAUCCCCGCCAUCAGGAUACCCCCCACCCCCACAACGCCAAGUCAGAUCUCGACCCCACCGAAUGGAAGCCCGUAUUAGGUGCCCGCACCACCAGCAGCAGCUCCCUCGCCACCUCCGAUGCAUGGGGCUACCUCUCCCAAUUCCACGGCGGCUCCACCACCCUCCUCGCCCGCCGCUCGCACCGCAGCACAUUGAGCCUCUCCACCCUCGACGUCGGCGCAACCCCCUCACUCACCCACGCGCCCUCCGUCGCAUCCUCGCUGUCCAGCACCGCGUCUGACGAGGGUAUCCACGAGGCCAUGCACCGCCCGCUCCCGCCGCGGCACAACCCGUUCUUCUCGCUGUCGCACGCAGCCGAGAAAGGCGUCGCCCUGGUCGUGCCCCACGUUGAGGCCGUGGCCGUGCGCGAUGUCGAGAGCGAUAGUGGCUCGAUUUUCCCGGCUAGCAGUGCUGUCUGGGAAGAUGAUGUUGUUGCCAAUGGCGUGGGUGUUGGUGUGGCUGCGAGCGCGCCUAUUAUGGUUCGUGGGCGUGGCCGUGUCACCAAGGCUUAG